GCCGGUUAGUAAUGGUGAAUGACGUCCACAUACCACUAAUCUGAAAUUUGAGUAAAGAGUAAAAGUUUUGCGCAAGAUAGUUAUUUACCUAUACACGUUGAGGGUCAAGGGCAUCAAGAACCGUCUGCAUUAGCAGUCGCAUUUCAAGUAAAACCGCGCGCGGCGAUUAACUUAAUGGCACAAUUUGAAACGGUCUUUGUGACUGGGGGUGCGGGAUAUAUAGGAAGUCACACAAUUGUCGAACUCUUAAACGCUAAUUAUGAAGUAAUUGUUAUCGACAAUUUUGUUAAUAGCGUAGAUGAGCCAAAUGGGGAGUCGGCCGCAUUGCGAAGGGUGGAAAAGAUUACAGGGAAGACUGUUACUUUUUACAAAUGUGAUUUACUGGAUCGCACCGCUCUUUUCGAUAUAUUUGAAAAGCACAAAAUCGAUUGCGUGAUCCAUUUCGCUGCCAUUAAAGCCGUGGGAGAAUCAAUGGAAUACCCCUUAUUAUAUUACAAAAACAAUCUAAUAGGAAUGCUAAACCUUCUGGAGGUAAUGGAAAGGCACGAAUGUUAUCAAUUAGUAUUUUCGAGUUCCUGUACAAUUUAUGGCGAGCCCAAACAGCUGCCCAUUACGGAAGAUCAUGAAAUAGGGGGAAACAUUACAAAUGUCUACGGAAAAACGAAGUAUUUCAUCGAAGAAAUGUUAGCAGAUAUUUCGCAUUCCAAUAAGAAAUGGAACAUAAUUUGUCUACGUUACUUCAACCCUGUAGGAGCGCAUCCGUCGGGAGAAAUUGGGGAAGAUCCUACUAAAGCGUUUUCAAAUAUUAUGCCAUAUAUUGCUCAAGUUGCCAUUGGACAUAAGCCAAUUUUAACCAUAUUUGGAGGAGAUUAUAAUACUAGUGACGGAACAGGUGUUCGGGACUAUAUUCACGUAAUGGAUUUGGCGACAGGCCACGUCGCAGCUCUUAGAAAAUUAUGUAGGGAACACCAACAUCUAAAGGCAUACAACCUAGGAACUGGGCGAGGUGUUACCGUACUCGAGUUAGUGAAGACUUUUGAAAAGGUAACUGGAGCUGCAGUCCCUUUCCGAAUAAUGGAGAAAAGGGAGGGUGAUAUUACCGCAAUGUUUGCGAAUGCAGAUUUAGCCGACCAAGAACUGGAAUGGAAAGCAAAACACACUCUUGAGGAAAUGUGUAUCGACUUUUGGAGAUGGCAGACAAAAAAUCCUUACGGAUAUCGGCCGAACAAGUCUUCCAAAAUUACAAACGGACAUGGGCAUUAAACGAUGGCUUUAUUUAUUUUCUAUUUUAGUAUUGGACGACGCCUGCAAUAUCUCUUUAAGUUCCACGAAAAAAUUGCAUUUACCUAUACACAACUCUAUAUUUUUUUAAAUUGGGCAAACACCACAAUUGUGUGGCGUUUACGUAUUUACGAUAAAAAAUUUCCACUUUUUUAA